CUCUAACACUAGUGCGCAUCUCUAUGAAGAGAUGAGCAAAAUUGCAAUUUUUUUCGCUUAGAUUGGUUUUUUAAGCAAUAAAAACAUACGAAACAACUGUCGCCUAACUAUAACAAAUGGACGACAUUUCCCCCGAUUGAAUUCAACCAUCGGCUUGGGAUUCAGACGCCCUUUGAAACGAGCAGCGAGUGGAUUUAAGGGCGAGGGCUAUCGCCCAUCACUAUUACAAAUACGAAAAUGAAAUUGCGUGCAUUCUAAAUGCCACAUGGGAACAAUGACCAAGGACUAUGACUAUCUGCUGAAGGUUCUCCUGGUGGGUGACAGUGAUGUGGGCAAGCAUGAGAUCCUCUCAAAUCUGGAGGAUCCCUCCACAGAGAGUCCCUUUUGCAGUGGUAAUGACUGCACCUCUCACAUCCUCAAAACGGUAGCAUACAAAACAACGACCAUACUGCUGGAGGGUAAGCGCGUCAAGCUGCAGUUGUGGGACACAUCCGGCCAGGGACGGUUCUGCACGAUCAUUCGAUCGUAUUCGCGCGGCGCCCAGGGUAUUAUACUUGUCUAUGAUAUAACUAAUAAGUGGAGCUUUGAUGGCAUCGAUCGAUGGCUCAAGGAGGUGGAUGAGCACGCCCCUGGAAUUCCAAAGGUAUUGGUGGGCAAUCGGCUGCAUUUGGCUUUUAAGCGCCAGGUGGCCGCCAAACAGGCCGAGACCUAUGCCAGCCGCAACAACAUGUCCUGCUUCGAGAUAUCGCCGCUCUGUGACUUCAAUAUACGCGAGUCCUUCUGCGAGCUGGCACGCAUGGCAUUGCACAGGAAUGGCAUGGAGCAUAUCUGGCGUAGUAAUAAGGUGCUGACUUUGCAAGAGCUGUGCUGCCGGACAAUAGUGCGUAGGACGAGCGUAUAUGCGAUCGAUUCGCUGCCACUGCCACCGUCCGUCAAAUCGACGCUCAAGUCAUAUGCACUGACCACAUCGCAGUGCUACAACUCCUUGACGCAGAGCUCCAAGAGCAAGAAUCGCUGCAAGACGCCGACGAGCGGUAGCCGGAAUAGCUGUGCGAUCGCGUGAUCGUUGCCUUGUAUCCGCAUCCGGAUCCGGAUCUGGAUAUGGAUACCGAUAUGGAUAAGCUGUUGCCACACACACUCCCACUCCCCUCCCCCCCUACGCAAGCGACAUUAACUUUAAAUGAACUCUACUUACGUACUCUAGGCUAACAAAUACACACACAAAAACACACAUCCUUACAAACACACACAUCCUUACACACACACAAACACAACCAAAUGGAAUAUCCUUUCCGAAUUUCGUUUAUUAUAUUUUUUAUUAUUUUUUUUUCAUCGACAAUUAUACUUUUCUUUUUUUUU